CCCCGCGUCCCUUCCCGCCCGGCCGGGUGCGGCCCCUCGCCCCUCCCCGGAAAGGCGGCGCCAUCGGGGCCGGCGCGGAGCCGGCAUGGAGCGUGCCGAGGCCUACGGCUUCUCGGGCGCUAUGAGCGGAGCCUUCCUGCUCUCCUGCCUGCUCUUCGCGGCCGUCAGCCGCCGGCAGCGCGGGCCCUACAUGGACGAGGUGUUCCACGUCCCGCAGGCGCAGGCCUAUUGCCACGGCCGCUUCCUGCAGUGGGACCCCAUGAUCACCACGCUGCCCGGCCUGUACCUGCUGUCGGUGGGAGUGGUGAAGCCCGCGGCGUGGCUCCUCGGCUGGACGGGAAGCGUGGUAUGCUCUGUGGGAAUGCUCAGGUUUAUCAAUCUCCUCUUCAGUGCUGGGAACUUCUACUUACUGUACUUGCUUCUGUUCAAGAUCCAUCAGAAGAAUAAGGCUGUGUCUGGUUUCCAGAGGAUCUUGUCUGCAUUAACUCUUGCAGCAUUUCCCACCCUUUAUUUUUUUACAUUCCUUUAUUAUACGGAUCCAGGAUCAGUAUUUUUUACUCUUUUUUCCUAUUUAAUGUGCCUUUAUGGUAACCAUAAAACUUCUGCUCUCCUUGGAUUUUGCGGCUUCAUGUUUCGUCAGACAAAUAUUGUGUGGACAGUUUUUUGUGCUGGAAAUGUUGUUGCAGAGAAGCUAAAUGAAGCCUGGAAGAUUGAGUUGCAGAAAAAGAAAGAUGAAAAGAUUUCUUCCAGGAAAGGAUCAUUUUCAGAUUUGACCAGAAUACUGCAGUUUCUUGUUGAAUAUCUCUUGUCACCCAAAAAUUUAGUUACACUUAUUGCUUUAACUUGGCCAUACAUCAUUUUAGUAUCCCUCUUCUUUGUUUUUGUCUUCAUCAAUGGUGGAAUAGUUGUUGGUGACAGAAGUAGUCAUGAAGCCUGUUUGCACUUUCCUCAGCUGUUCUAUUUUCUGUCCUUUACUGGUUUUUUUUCAUUUCCUCAUUUACUGACCCCCACUAAAAUCAGGAAAUUCCUGUUGUCAUUGAAAAAGCACCCUGUGCAGUAUAGUUUAGUCACUGUCAUCUCUUUAUUCCUGAUCUGGAAAUUUACCUAUGUCCAUAAGUAUUUACUAGCAGACAACAGACAUUAUACAUUUUAUGUCUGGAGAAAAGUGUUCCAAAGACACGAGCUUGUAAAAUACCUUUUAGUUCCUUUCUAUCUAUUUGCUGGCUGGAGUUUUGCUGAUACUCUAAAAUCAAAAUCAAUAUUCUGGAUCUUAAUGUAUUUUGUGUGUUUGUUAGCAGUCACAGUUCCUCAAAAAUUGCUAGAAUUUCGUUACUUUAUUUUGCCAUUCUUAAUAUAUAGGCUCAAUAUUCCAUUUCUGUCUCUAUAUAGACAACUUCUGGAGCUAGCUUUUUAUAUUUUAGUAAAUGCUGUAACUUUUUAUCUUUUUCUAAAUAGAACAUUCCAAUGGGAAAAUAGUGAUGAAGUACAGAGGUUUAUGUGGUGACUUUUUUUUUUUGAUACUUUUAUACCUAUAGGAAAACACAGUUCUGUUUCAGGACUGGACUCUGGAAUGAAACAGUAUGUUUUGCAUCAUGUAAGGACUAUUUUCCCUAGCUGGAAUUGGGAAGUAACCUCUUUGCUUAUAUUGUUGCAACCAAAUGCAAGAUCUGUUAUAAUGUGAAGAUACUCCAUAUAUUGAAUUUAUGAAAAUUUAAAAAUUCAGUAUGAGGGGAAAUGUGAGAACACCUUUCUGUAAUUAAUGUAAAAUAAGGGGGAUGUUUACUGUCAUUUUUCAUGAUAAUAAAAUAUUAUAUAACAUGCCCUUGAAGGUAAAAUAGUUUAUAAAUAUGUUUCAGAGGUUUCUGUUUUACAAAGGAAGGAUUUCAGUCUACUCAACCUUUUUGUUUAUUUAUCUGUGUUCAUAUUUAUUCCUCAGAUCAGGCCAUUUCCUUCUAGGUUUACUAGUGGUCAAAGUAUAAACCACUAUUAAAGUACAAUGUUUUCAAAGCCUCCUAUGUCUCACUGAAUUUUCAUUACUUUUUUUGUCAGUAAAUGCUUACAUUAGUUUUGUAAGAGAAUGGACUCUUAAACCACUAGAGUACUUUGAACACUUUAUUUCAAACUGAUAUUUAGAAAACACAGUGGAUGCUAUGUGUGUGCACCUCUUUUGGAGGAUUAAGUGUUACUGUACAAUAAAGCAUAAAUGGCAGUUGGUAAUGUGACCUGUUAGAAAGGGAGCAGUUUACAGAUGUCAGACUGCAACGUGCAGUGGAUUGC